CUGAGAAUGCUGCGGAUGGAUCGAUGGCUCUCACCUGUUUCUACUGUGGGAAGAAGGGUCAUCACCUAUGGGAUUGCUCGGAGGCAACUGAUGCUGAACUCGAAGAUCUUAUGCAGAGCAUUAACGCUCAGAAAGGAGAAGAAAAAGCUUCUGGUUUAUGCAUGAGAUGUUUCCAGCUGAAUCACUGGGCUAUCAAAUGCCCAAAUGCUCCACAGCUCAAAAGCAGACAUCUCGAGGGGACGGUACCAGAGGCAAUCUCUGACGCUGUUCGAGUUCUUCGCUUGACUCGGACAGAUAUUUUCAGAUGGAUGAAUUCAAAGACAUCUGUAUCGAGUCUUGAAGGGUUCUUUCUGCGGUUAAGGCUCGGGAAAUGGGAAGAAGGACUCGGAGGAACAGGGUACUACGUAGCCUGCAUAACCGGUAAUACAGAGACAGUGGAAGAACAAGGCUCAAAGAGAUGGUCCGAGACAUCCAUCAUGGUUAACGUGUUAGGGACGACUUGUUUGGUCGAGUCUCUUCGGUAUAUCUCCAACCACGAUUUUCUUGAGGAGGAGCUGAAAGUGUGGUGGCGCCCCGCCGCUAAAAGUGGCGGCGGCGUUCCGUCAGAAGACGAGUUUAGUCGGAAAUUUCGGCAGAGAAAAAUGGUUUACUUCGUCCCGGCUCAUAUAAGUAAAGUCCUUCACAGAACACCUGAGUCAUCGUUCUCAUCCACAGCCGAAGCCACAAGUAUCGGGAGUUCCGUUCGUGUAGGUUUUAUCCAUCGACAAUAUCCAACAAUGGCGGACGUCGAACCAGAGGUUGCGGCGGCGGGACAGCCGAAGAAGAGAACGUUCAGGAAGUUCUCCUUCAGGGGAGUCGAUCUGGAUGCUCUUCUGGACAUGAAGACUGACGAGCUUGUUCAGCUGUUCCAUGCUCGUGCCCGUAGAAGGUUCAAAAGAGGUUUGACGAGGAAGCCGAUGGCUCUGGUUAAGAAGCUCCGUAAGGCGAAAAGGGAGGCACCGGCCGGUGAGAAGCCAGAACCAGUGAGAACCCACUUGAGGAACAUGAUCAUCGUGCCGGAGAUGAUCGGAAGCAUAGUCGGGGUGUACAAUGGCAAGACGUUCAACCAGGUCGAGAUCAAGCCCGAGAUGAUCGGUCACUACUUGGCGGAAUUCUCCAUCUCGUACAAGCCGGUUAAGCACGGUCGGCCUGGUGUUGGUGCCACCCACUCUUCCAGGUUCAUUCCCCUCAAGUGAGCUUUCUCAUGGCGAUUUAGGGUUUUUCAAUGUUCUCUCAGUGUUUUUGCUGGAGGAUCUUAUGAACUAUUUGGGACUUCAUCAGUUUUGACAUUUUUUCUGCGUCACUAUGAUAUUUACUGUUAUGUUUUUUAAAUGCGUGAAGAUUCUAUUUCUCUAAUGGGGGAGAAAAUUA